UAAACAACACACUGCUUGAAAUUGAUGAUCAACCCAAUAUGAUAGUGCAACAUGAACCUUAUAAUGCCCAAUACGAUGCUAAUGAAUCAGAUUUAUUUCUAAAAAAUGUUGGUCAAUUUUACUUAAAACUAGAAAAUUUUGUCAUGUAACAAGAGAACAAUUUUAUUCUGCUAAUGGUUCAUGUAAAAUAUACGAAUCAAGGAACAUUGAAUAAUACAAUAAUGCUUUAGACAAGAUUGGAAAUAAAAAUGAUUUUCAAGGUAUCAAAUUCAAUUCAGUUUUCAAUCAAUUAAAAAAUUAUCAUGUCUGUGUACCAGGGUUACCUCCAUGUUUAGGACAUGAUUUAUUUGAAGGAAUUGUAGCCUUUGAUUUGCAAUUAUAUAUUGCUUAUUUGAUUGAUAAUAAGUGGUUUACUUUAAAACAAUUAAACAAGAGAAUUGAGAACUUUAAGUAUUCGACAGAAGAUCGACAAGAUAAACCCUGUACAAUAAGUGCUAUGAACAAGAGAAUAUCUGGAGGUGCUUGCCAAAUUUGGAACUUUCUUAGACUUUUGCCUCUUUUAAUUGAAGGCAAAAUCGAAACAAUUGAUGAUGAAGUGUGGGUUUGCAUACUUCUACUCAGUGAAAUAGUUGAAAUCAUUUGUUCUCCAAUAAUUCAUAAAUCUUGUUUACCUUAUUUACAAUUAAUUAUUUCUCAGUACAUUUUAACAAGAGAAUUGUUAUUUCCUCAAAUUAAGUUGCGGCCAAAGCAUCAUUACCUGAUUCAUUAUCCUGAACUCAUUUUGCAGUUUGGCCCUCUAAUGAAAGUGUGGACUAUGCGUUUUGAAAGCAAGCAUCGUUUUUUUAAAAGAGCCAUUCGAUACACCCUUAAUUUUAUAAAUGUACCAAAAUCUCUCAGCAUAAAACAUGAACUUUUACAGAGUCUUGUACGAUUAGGUACAGAUAUUAGAAUCCAAACAGAAUUCUAUGAAGUUAGUAACUUUUACAUCGAAUUGUACAACAAAGAUAUACAAAAAGCUAUACAGAAUGCUAAGUUACCUCAACUGAUCCAGCAAUGCAGCAGAGUUGUUGUGAAAGAUCGCAAAAUGCCAUUAUUCAAAGUAGAAUCACCUAGUCACAAAAGAAUCAUGAUAAAAGCAAAUAGUAUAUCCGAAAUAAUUGAAAUUGCAAUAAAAAAAUUAAAACUUCCUGAAGACAAUACUUACAAGUUACUUUUACAAAACGAUGGAACAGAGAUAGAUGAUAAUGAUGUGCUACUGGAAUAUGCAGAACAAUCUAAAGAUAAGAUUGUUUUAACAAUUUUAGAUAUAAACAUGUCUUCGGACUAUAAUAAAAAAAAUGAAGAUAACCAAAUUGUUUUAAAUGAAUCUAGUUCGACAAUGCAGAGAAAUGACAUUUCAGAUUCUAGUUCUAUCAGUACAUGUUCUGAAGCAUUAAGUUCAUCAAAUAGAUCAAGUACAAAAGUAAAAUCAAUAAAUCUAGAAGACGGAGUAUGGAGUAAAUUAUCGGAAAGAAUAGUUGCUGCUUGCGUAAGAGGAGAUAAACUGUGUUUUUCAGACAGAAAAGCAGUUAUUCAGAAAAUCGUAGAAUAUAUGAUUGAUACUCUCAAAAACACGACAAGAAGUAAAGCACAUGAAAUUGCGACAAUUCUCUGCAAUACUUAUCCGAAAACUUUUGCUGAUACAAUUGGUAACGAUGAAAUGUGGGGAAGUGGCUUAGAAACCGUACGGCUUGAAAUUUAUAACGCCUGUCUUUAUAAGAUUAAUUCAAAAAAACGUAAAUCGUUUUCGAAAGCUACGAAUUAUGACAGUGACGAUGCGGAGCAAGAAGAACGUCAGCAGCAAGCUACAUCACGACGUCAAGACGAGUAUGGCUGCGUAGAGUAUGCACCUAUUCUAUUAGAUGAAAAUGCUGAAAGUGAAAAUAAACGACGUACUUUAUUAGAACUUUUCGCCCUUCACGAAAUAAAUCCACAAGUUUUAAAAUUAAUGGAAGAAACGUAUCCAACUCUUCGUGCCGUAUUAAAUGAUAAAAACAGAAAUUUAGAGAUAAUAGCUGCUGAGUGGCCUUUCUUACAAGAAACCGAUUGUUUCUUUCAAUACUGUUCUCGAUUAUUAGGGAAAAAUGUUGUUCAAGUCUGGACAAAUUCACUUAGUAACAAGACGAAAUCCAUACGGCAAUAUUUCAAACAUUCACAGAAAAAAAAAGCAAAUGAAAUAAAUGAGAUUAUAAACGACUGCAAAACAGCUGUUCAAAUAAGGAAGGAUAAAAUACCAAAACUAUUAGUGAUUUUCCGAUUAUUAAUCUUUUAUUUCAAUGAAAAGGAAAAUUUUCUUUUUAAAAUAAUUGGAAAUGACGUUGAUGAUGCUGAUGUAAUAAAUGCUGCUGACACUGAGUAUCCUGUGCUUAUCAUCAGAGGAAAAUCAUUAUACGACGAGAAUGCAAAAUGUACUGUCAUUAUUGGUAAAAAAGUUUCAAUUACUUCCACGAAUUCUCUGGAAGGAAUCUUGAUAACUUUUCUCGCAUACUACGUUUAUGGAUUUUGAUCUUCACCUAAAAUUGAAAAAUCUCUAGAAUUUAUACAAAGGUUAGAAUGUUUUACUGCAACUUCUGCAAUUUUGGAACUCCAUAUUUGAAAAAACACUUAGACCAUCAUAUUUAUCAUAGAAACAUUACUCAUUUUUAUUAUUGUGGCUAUGACAGAUAUAAGAAAUGCUUCCAAAGUGGUACAUAUUUAAGAGCACACUUACGUCGAACCCAUGGAUUACACUCAAAAAAGCAUGAAACAUUUCUGUCUAUAGCUUUUUCUGUUGAUGAAAGAGGGAAAUUUGUAUGUACAAUCAACAUUUGCAAGAAAGAAUUUGAUAACUUUCAUCUUCUUAUAAAACAUUUGAAAAAGCACAUUAAUAAAAAUCAACAAAUCCAAUGUCCGUUUCGAAAUUGCAAAAGAAGGUAUUCUGUGUUAUCUUCUUCUUUUACCAGUCUUCUUUUACCAGUCACAUAUCAAAAAUCCAUAAAAAUCGUUAUGAUCAAGCAGAAAUAGUUACUGUUGAAAAUCCUGUUGUUGAAUCUGAAGAGUCAUUAAACAACACACUGCUUGAAAUUGAUGAUCAACCCAAUAUGAUAGUGCAACAUGAACCUUAUAAUGCCCAAUACGAUGCUAAUGAAUCAGAUUUAUUUCUAAAAAAUGUUGGUCAAUUUUACUUAAAACUAGAAAGUAAGUUAUUACUUCCAGCAUCAACAAUUCAGUAUAUAGUUACUGAAAUAAAUUACAUUCAUGAGAAAGGACAAAAAAUCGUUCAACAAAAAUUACAAGAAUCUUUUUGGCUGAAAAAAUUUCAUCUGAUAAAAUAAAUCAAUUUAUGAAAAACGUUUUCAAAAGUGAUCCUUGGAUUAAAAGUAAUAACAUCUUUCAAACA